AUGAGCGAAGGCAAUGAGGUCACACACCAAUUGGUUGUUCUUCGUCGAGUGGAAAAUGCCAAUAUUGACAUUGUUCUUGUUCACGAAUUGACGGAGAGUAGUGAUGUGGCUUGGAGAAGCGAAGACCCAAGCUCUUGCUGGCCUGCCCAAUUGCCUACAGGCGAUUUCAACAAUGCUCGCGUCAUUUCCUUUUCGUACUCGUACAACGGUCUGAAAAGCCUGAGCGACUUAAUCGACCCUGGAAAACUAAGAGAAUGUGCCGAGGCAUUGUUGCGUCACUAUCCUCUGAAUCCUGGGUUGGCGAUCUCCACAAUCCAGAAGAUCAAGAUUGAUAUAUACGGAUAUUUUGCGAUGGAGCCUAUGCCUAGCAACUAUUUGCGCAUUGCACCUGAAUGGCCAGCGCUUCCGGACUUCCGUGUCGUGGGAGCUGACCAAUGUCAUUUUGGAAUGACUAGGAUCAAAGCAGGGAGCAUAGGCUUCAUUAAUUACCGCACAACACUCAGUGAGCAAGUCGGGAAACUACUUCAAGAGACUACCAAUACAAUGGUGCCAUCAGAUACACCUGCACAAGAGGAGAUACCUGAAGAGCCUCAACAGCGGGAACCAUCUUCUGAAACAAAGUCUUUUUCAUCACGCGCUGGGGUCAGCCAGACCGUUCAGAGCCCUGAUCCCAAAGCAAAGCGUGCUUUGCUGAUUGGAAGUUCAUUUAAACACCCCUUCGAGCUACCUGGAACCCUGAAUGAUGUCAAGACCAUGGCCCGUACCCUUAAGAAGUAUGGAUUUGAUGUGGAGAACGAACGUUAUCGUGAGCUCGCCGAUAACACUGUCAAGGAUGAUGUUGUGGUAGUUUAUUACUCAGGCCAUGGUGGAAUCAUCCCUCAAAACCCAGAUGAUAACUCCGAACAACGGCUGGAGCAUCAGUUCCUAGUCCUAUACGACUUUGACCCCGAUCAGGAGACCUGGACUGGAGUCUUCGAAAGUGAAAUCUCUCAGAUUAUGAAGGAUAUAACACAAAAGACUAAAAAUAUCACAUUCAUUUUGGACUGUUGCUAUAAUGCCCCACCAGAAUAUGCCAGUGUCGAUGGAAGACGAGCAAAAUCUCUGAGGCUUUCAGAAGCCGACUAUAGCAAGAUAUCAUCCCAUGCUUCGAUGGAGCACAGUGUUGUGCGUAUUACGGCAGCUGCCAAGGACGGUAUUGCUUGGGGAACGAAUGACGGUCACCCGCCUGCUGGUGUCCUUACGUCUAACAUCGCUCCUUUGAUGAAUAAUCCAAGCCUUGAUUUGACUUGGAGGACACUUCUGUUUGAAGUAGUUGUCAACUUGGACCUCAAUCUCGAGCCGAACGACGUCAAAACCCAAACUCCAGUAUGCACGGGGCCUGAUGAUCGCGUUGUGUUCUCAGAUAGGCCGGGGUCUUCUCCAAUAUUAGUUGCUGCGAUUCGCCCACACUAUGUUGUCAUUCGCGCGGACAAAGCUCACGGGAGUUUCCCUCGCGAUCGCUUCAAAUUACAGCCAAUGGAGUAUAUUCGAGUUGAGAGAAAGAUAACUGAAGAUUCUAGUUUCGGACAUGAAUGCAAGGUGCUACAAGUUGGUGGCUUCAAGGCUGUUCUUACCACACCGAGCAAUGGAACCUUACCCAGGAGCCUAGCAUUUGCAUUCCUUACAAAGCGGUCUCACAGAUGGCCAAUCCGAUUCCCAAGUAGCCCUAGCAACACCAAUGGUUUCCUGGACGGGUCAGGCUACUUCAAGGACGUUCAAGGUGACGAGAAGCCUUUGGCAGAAUUCGUCGAAACAAAUGACAAAGUGAAAAUCAAAUCAGAAACAAUAGAGCUAGGACGAUUAAGUCUAAGUCGUAAACUAUCCUGCGAGGACGCCAUCGCGGGGCUUUUCGCCAGAGCUGACACUUUUGCUCGAGCCCACCACCUUUUAUCGCUUAACAAUAAUGGAGAGGACGAUCAUUUGCCCUAUUCGAUGGAAUUUGAGAUCGGCGAGGAAGUCGAUGGAAAGAGAAUCAAACUCCUUUCUGGCAAUACGCAUGUUCAACUGUCCUGCUCUCAUAACCUCUCGCUAAGAUAA